ACGGACGUUUGAACCAGAGCAGCAGAGUGUGAGGCAGUGUGCUGCGAGACAACAGAUAUCACUUUAUACUUCACCUUUAGUCAGCUUCUACCUUCUCACAACACCCAACCGGAGUUUAGAAGGCGUUAUAGCGUUGAUAAUCCAUCUCUUGGUAACGUUAAACUGAGUAUUUAUGUAGUCACAAACGUUAUCUCUCGUCAACUGGCCGACCUAGCUGCUAGCUAACGAGGCUAACGGAGAAGCUAACUGCUUUGAGUUUAUAUUCUGGAUAAAGUAUCGGUCAGCUGCUCCUGGUCACUGUGCAGUAACUUUAAGAGAUGAUGGACUCCUCUGCCACACACAAGCUGACAAAGGAGGUGAAACCUCAAAGGCCUGAAGUGAAGUCAACCGGUUAUGGGCCAAAGCGGAUUCCUGUGUCACAGCAGUCACAGACGGCUGUAGUUACACCAACUCCCCAUCAGCGGGUUCUUGGUGUGUCAAACGGACCUCAACGUGUUCAGCGGUCUAUGACCCACCAGAAAUCAGCAUCUCAUGUCUCUGUUGCUGUCAAGUCCACGCAACCCGCUGAUCAGAACGUGAACCCUGCUACUCAGAAUGGAAAUCGUGCACCACAGCCCAAACGUGUUUCUCAACAAAGCCAACCAAAGACAAAUGUGGCCAAGGUGAACCCGGAGCUGGCCAAACCACCAUCGGAACCGGCAAAGCUGGAGAAGCCACAGAGCAAACCUGCCAAGAUUGAUUCUGCAAAUGCCUCUUCAUCAAAUAAGCGGUGGAGCCUGGACAAUUUUGACAUUGGCCGCCCCUUAGGAAAGGGUAAAUUCGGCAAUGUCUACCUGGCCAGAGAGCGACAAAGUAAGUUCAUCUUGGCCCUGAAGGUGCUCUUCAAGACGCAGCUGGAGAAGGCCGGGGUGGAGCACCAGCUGAGGCGGGAAGUGGAGAUCCAGUCUCACCUCAGGCACCCGAAUAUCCUGCGCCUCUAUGGUUAUUUCCAUGACACAUCUCGUGUGUACCUCAUCUUGGAGUUUGCGCCCAAGGGUGCGCUGUACACUGAGCUGCAACGCUGUGGAUGGUUUCCUGAGGCCAGAAGUGCUACAUACAUCAUGGAGCUGGCAGAUGCCCUCAACUAUUGCCACUCCAAGAAGGUGAUCCACAGGGACAUCAAACCAGAGAACCUGUUACUGGGGGCCAACGGGGAGCUGAAGAUUGCAGAUUUUGGCUGGUCUGUUCACACGCCCUCCUCCAGGAGAUCCACGCUGUGUGGAACGCUGGACUACUUGCCUCCGGAGAUGAUCGAGGGGAAAACUCACGAUGAAAAGGUGGACUUGUGGAGUCUGGGCGUCCUUUGCUACGAGUUCCUGGUUGGAAAACCCCCCUUUGAAGCAAAAAGUCACGAGGAGACCUAUCGCAGGAUAUCGAGGGUGGAAUACACUUACCCAACACAGGUCGCUAUCAGUGCUGGAGCCAAAGACUUGGUUGCGAAGCUGCUGAAGCACAACCCCAUGCACAGACUGCCCAUCCAGGGAGUCCUGACCCACCCCUGGGUGGUUGAGAGCUCCACCAAGACGCCCACAACCCUGAACAAUGAAGAGCUCAGUCAGUGAGCCUCUUUGUUCCCAUCCACUCAUCACUUGGUGGUCUGUACAUGUGAGGGCGGAGUGGUGCAGAACAUGUGGAUGUUUUUGUCUGCAGGAUUCUUGAGUCACUUGGUCAUCUAUUUUUUUUUUUUUCUCUUUCUCUUUUAUCUUAUCUCCUCCUUGUCUCACCAAUGGCGUUCUAUUGCCUGUAAAUAUUUCACUGUUUGUGUAAUUAUGAAAAUUUUAUUAAGCUUUUCUAAAAUGCCAUUACUUGAAAUAAAAGAUUAAUUAUCUUUCAUGGCA